AUGAAGUCGAUCCUAGCAAUUGUUUUGGCAGGUGUUUUGUUUGGUGCUGCGGUCAGUGAGCAGCAGGUGGUUACCGUUCAAGGUCGCCCAAGACCAGAACUUCAAUCCAAAGAAUCGUCCAUCGAUAGCCGAAGCAAUGAAUCCGACGAAUCGACGAAUAAUGAGGAGAACCCGUGCGAAGGCCUGUUAAUCGGUAUCCUGCAGCAUCCGAGCAGUUGCUACAAGUACAUCACCUGCUUCAAGGAGGUCGCUACCGAGGAAACAUGUCCCAUCGACAUGAUCUUCGACCUGGACGAGAUCACGUGUGUGCCCGGUAACCAGCGCACGUGUCGCAAAAAUGGUGACGAAGUGCCCCUACCCGGGGACAUGUGCCGCGGUAUUAUCCUUGGAACGCGUCUACAUCCUGAGGACUGUGGCAAGUACGUGAGUUGCCUGUUGGGACGAGCCCGAGAGCGUUCCUGUCGCCGUGGAUUCGUCUUCUCCGAGCGCCUGUACGUGUGCCUGCCCGGAGAUGUCAACUCUUGCGAGGUAACACUGCGUCCUACUACGACCACGACCACGGCCGCUCCAGACAGUUCCAUCCCUAGUGAUUUCUGUCGCAAAAACAACGUCGCAUUUGGGUCGCUGCCACAUCCACAGUCCUGCACCCGGUUCGUCAGCUGUACGCUCUGGAUUCCACUGGAACGCCGAUGCGGGCCGUUCCAGGUGUUCAGUGAGCGACUGUCCUCUUGCGUGCUUGGCAACGUCAACACCUGCCAACCGAUCAUCGGUCGCGAAGCUGAGUAG